UCUUUAUUCUCAUUAGAUCGUGAUCGGGAAUUGUGGAAUUGUUACAAAAUGAGAUUGCCGCAAGAUAUAUCAAGUGGAAAUUAUUGAAAAAAAAAAAAAAAUAAUAAUAAGAAUAAUCGUUUCUAAAAAGUGACCAAAGCCUUGUUAUAUUGUGAAAUAUAAGAAAUGAAGAAUUGAUCAUUUAAGUUUAUACAAAUUCCAAUUCAUUCGUAUCGGAUCGGAUUCGAUAGAUUAAUCGUAUCGGAUUUCUUGUGAAAUUUUCCAUACAGUUCGAAGAAGUAAAACGUAAAAAGUUAUUUUUUUCUUUUUUGGAAAAAUAAGUGAAAGAAAAUUUUGAUUACGUUAUGGAAAUUUCAAGUGGCGACAUAUUCAGUGAGCAGAAUGUUGCUUUGUUUCCCAGUUCCAAAGAUAAUAGCGAGUGUUGUGACGAUUCGGCCUACAGCAGUAGUUUGAAUCUUUCUUCCUUAUCAAACUUUUCUUCGUCAUCCUCGCCAAUCAUUAAUCCCGCACUACCACAACAACAAGUGCCUAGCGAUGGUAGCAGCAGCGGCGGCGGCAGAAGCGUCUUUAUUGACUAUGAUGGGUCAGCGGAAUAUAUGGAGGAGCAACAGCGACAACUGCAGCAACAACAGGUGCUCCGACAAUUAGGUUUUAAUAUAUACGAUGAUAACUUAAUUGAUAUCAAUUAUGAUCGUAACAACCACUGCACCACAGAAAACACAUCCCCUGUUCUGGCAGUGGGAAACAUCAGUGAAAAUGGGUUCGCAAACAAGCCAAUGAACACGACUUAUCACGGUGCAUCGGGGUCAUCGGUUCCAUCAUAUAUGCAUCCUGCAUCCGCAUCAUCUUCUAACAUUAAUAAUUCCAAUUCAUCGUCAUUUUUAACCAACAUGUCAUCAACUGAUACGGACUUUAACUACAUGGACGUAGGGGGUAGUAUUUCCCCCAAUACUGAGACGAACCAACCAAUAUCAUCGGUUUACGAUAAUGGUGAUAUGCCGCCAUUAUCCAGUUUCAUGGAUGCAACCCAGACAAACGUCAACAAUGGGAUAUGCUUGAAAUUUGAGUACACAUUCGAGAAUGAAAAGUUAAUACAAGUCCAACCGGCACCAUUGAUGGUUGGAUACAAAAUGGCACCGCCAUGUCCAAAGGAUGAAAAUGGCACAUCAGCAUCAAUUUCAUAUAAUUUAUCAGCAACCAUGCCAAUAUCACCCUCAAAUGUUUCAAAUCAAAGUUGUUACAUGGAAGUAAAUAAUGAGCCUGAUGAACUUUCAUUAUGCAUACGACCCGGUGCGUUACACAAACAAAAAGGGGAAUCAACUUACGCAACUGUUUCCUUCGAGAGCUCGGAUGAAUCACUGUCACGGUACAAGUGCAACUAUGAAAAUUGCAAUCGAAGCUAUAGUACGAUCGGUAAUUUGAGAACACAUCUAAAAACCCAUAAAGGCGAAUAUCGCUUUAAAUGCACCGAGGAAGGUUGCGGAAAAGCCUUUUUGACUUCGUACAGUCUAAAAAUUCACAUCAGAGUUCACACCAAGGUCAAGCCGUACGAAUGCAAUGUGGAAGGGUGUGAGAAGGCUUUCAAUACACGCUACAGACUACAUGCACAUUUGCGCCUACAUAAUGGCGAAACCUUUAAUUGCAAUCAGUGCCAUAAAUGCUUCACAACACUAAGCGAUUUGAAGAAACACAUGCGCACUCACACUCAAGAGAGGCCCUAUAAGUGUCCCGAAGAUACAUGUGGAAAAGCAUUUACCGCGUCCCAUCAUCUUAAAACACAUAUACGCACCCAUACUGGAGAGAGACCAUAUCCUUGCGAAGAAACCACUUGCCAAAAGUCUUUCAGCACGUCGCACAGUCUCAAGUCGCACAAGAAAACACACCAGAAACAAACGCAGAACCGUUGCACUAGAGAACGCAAAACUAAAAAUCGGAACAAAAAGAGCAAUCCUAGAGAUGAAUUUGGCGAUAUCAAGCAAGAGGAGUCUGUCGGCGAUGAGACAAAUUCCACAUACAACAGUAGCGAAUUUGAAGGUAGUGAGCUUCAAAUGCCGACAAAAGCUAUAAAAGCUGAAGCAGUCGAGUGCAAUAUUGAGGAUCUGUAUUCCAUGCGGAUGCCAGAAAUUAAGAAAUCGGAAUAUACGGCCUUAGCCCCGAAAAUCGAGAGCAUGCCCUUACCUGAAAUGGGUCAAGCACUACAAGUGGCAUAUGCCACAGAAGAGGAGAUACCCACGCCUUCGUGGUCGCAGGGUGUAUUGGUGUCGAAUCCUAUUCUUCCCAUGGCCCCUGUCUCGGUCCAGGGUCUGGCGAUACCAACUGAAGUUCCCAGCUAUGUAAAUUUGCAAUCAAAUUAUGCCAAUGCCAUUUCGGCCAUUAAUACAAAUGGCACAUCGUAUGGAAAUGAUUUAAAUGCCAAUGGUCUGAUGGAAAUUGACAAUGAUCAAGCCAUCAAUCGACACACCAGUAUUAACAACGGAAACCACCAUCAAGAACAAAUACACACUAAUAAUGUGCACAAUGACCAAACCGCAACAAGCAAUUCUGUGGACAUAAUUCCCAUCCAAGAAAAUAUUGAAGAACUACUAAUGGGUUCAACCGAUUACAGCAGCGACGCCGACAUGGAAACCGAGUCUUUACUGAACGACAUCCUUAUGACUAUUGACAAUAAUACCAGUUUAUUGCAAGAAACACUGCAAAAAGCGGAUGAAGUACCGAACGAUGGGUCCGCUUUGAUAGAAGUCGAUCUGCGGAACAAUAAACCAACAUUGAAGCAAAUUACUGCUGAUGCAGGUAUUUGCAGUUGUGUUAAUUGCAAAUGUGAUAAAACUAAGGAUUGCCAAGGUGGCUGUUCAUCAGACAAGCCAUGUGGCAAGAAGUCAACAGGGGCGGUGACGUCUGAUAGCCAGCCAUUGGCAAAACCUCUCUCGAAGGGAUGUUGUGGGGGCAAUAAAAGAACUAAUAAAGCGUCAAAUAAACGUGAAUCAGAUUUCAAUCAAAACAUAGAAGAUGUUGCACUGCUUUUGCAAAAUCUGGCUUCUAUGGAUGGUAAAGGAGGUUGUUGCGGUGGUGCCAAGGAGUCGUCGUCAGCUUGUUCUGUCGCGGCAAACGACAAACCCAAAACUCAGUGUUGUUCAAAACCAACCCCUGUAAAUACAUCAUCCUGCUGCUCUUCUAGCAAUUCAGCACCACCAGUGCCAUCAUGUUGCUCAAAUCCAGCACCACAGUCGCUGAACACCUCAAGUUCUUGUUGUUCGACAAAUGUGCAAACACCAUCUGGCGACACAACUCUCAAAUCUAUCAAGAGCGAUAGCUGCACCUGCAAGAAUCCUUCCGAAGGUGUAGCCAAUGGUUGCUGUGUAGUUAUUUGUAUUAAAACUUUAAGGGCCUUGCGUAAAAUUUUAACUAAGAAGAACCUAAAUCUAGUUCUUUGCCCACAAAAUCAAUCUAAUUCAACUAAUUAAAAAUGAACUGUGAUCAGGAAAAAGGUGUGUGCAUAUCUGAAUGAAGAACAUAGGGCUACUUUUUUGACGUUUGUUAUACAUUUUACAUGGAAAAAUUACUUUUUUGCUAGUUGCCCCAAUUUGGUUUCGAAAUGCAUUUCUAGAUGCGUCGCUGGAAGGUUGCUAAUUAGGAUAUGUUUAUGUUCUGACGGCUUUUAAAAAGAUUAGUUCUAUUUCAUAUAGUUUCGUUAUGUUGUUAUUGCCAUUGUGACUGUCGUAUUGUUUUUUAUCUAUGUAUUAUAAAAAUAUUAAUUUUAUUAGCUAUGUGCCAAAUAUUUUAUGUAUAAUUUAAUAAUAUAUACAUUGUUUGUAAUUAAGGAAAUAUAUCAUUGUUAUUUAGAUAAAUAUGUGUUCUUUAUCCAUUUUUGAAGCCGAUCGUCAAAUUUAUUACGUACUUUAAAGUCCAAUCUGGAAUCAAUUGUAAUAUAGUAUUUUUUUUUUUUAAUUUUCAAUAUUAUACCUAAGCAUAUAACAAUAAUUGUACCAAACUUCACAUCAAACGCAACGUUUUAUGCAAUAAAAUGUUUUACAAAUAAUAACAA